CGUAGCAGACGUCCGUCUGCCGUUAUUCCCGCCCCAAUACGGAAGCGGCCGAGUCCUCUAGCUGCGAUUGCUGGGGUGUCCAGGCCAUGGGGCAGCCCUGGGCGGCUGAGGGCGCGGAUGGGGCGCCCGCGCGGCUGCCUCUCAUGCUCACCGCGCUGUGGGCCACGGCCGUGGGCCUGGAGCUGGCUUACGUGCUGGUGGUCGGUCCCGGGCCGCCCCCGCUGGGACCCCUGGCUCGGGCCUUUCAGCUGGCGCUGGCCGCCUUCCAGAUGCUCAACCUGCUGGGCAACGUGGGGCUCUUCCUGCGCUCGGAUCCAAGCAUCCGCGGCGUGAUGCUGGCCGGCCGUGGUCUGGGCCAGGGCUGGGCUUACUGCUACCAGUGCCAAAGCCAGGUGCCGCCACGCAGUGGACACUGCUCUGCCUGCCGCGUCUGCAUCCUACGUCGGGACCACCACUGCCGCCUGCUGGGCCGCUGCGUGGGCUUCAGCAACUACCGGCCCUUCCUGUGCCUGCUGCUUCAUGCCACCGGCGUCCUGCUCCACAUUUCUGUGCUGCUGGGCCCUGCACUGUCGGCUCUGCUUCGAGCCCACACACCCCUCCACAUGGCUGCCCUCCUCCUGCUUCCCUGGCUCAUGCUGCUCACAGGCAGAGUUUCUCUGGCACAGUUUGCCUUGGCCUUCGUGAUGGACACGUGCGUGGCGGGUGCGCUGCUGUGCGGGGCUGGGCUGCUCUUCCAUGGAAUGCUGCUGCUGCGGGGCCAGACCACAUGGGAGUGGGCUCGGGGCCAGCACUCCUAUGACCUGGGUCUCUGCCACAACCUGCAGGCAGCCCUGGGGCCCCGCUGGGUCCUCGUCUGGCUCUGGCCCUUCUUGGCCUCCCCAUUGCCUGGGGAUGGGAUCACCUUCCAGACCACAGCAGAUGUGGGACGCACAGCCUCCUGACUCCAGGAAGAGCCAGAACUGUACAGGGAGGAAGGGGUGGGAGGGGGAGCCACCCCCCAGACUUAGGAAGGAAGUAGGGUUAGACCUUAACAUCUGCACUGAACAACUCUACCCCUUCCUUGGCCUUGCCCCUGCCCAGCCUGCACUCCUACGGGUCCAGGGCUUGGGCUGUGACUUGGGCAGAGGAGUGCAGGGGAGUGCCUGGCAGGUGGCUUCUUAGGCUGCCUAGCUGCCCCUUUGCCAGGUUAAUAAAGCACUGACUUGCUUCUUG